AUGAACAGAAUACAAGGAGACCAUGCCAGUCCUGUGCCACCAGGACAAGACCCAGGACUAACUGUGUUGGGAAAAGCACAUGAGUUCUUUCAGAUUUGUGAUCUGGAAGGCAAAGGCUUCAUCACUUGUUGAGACAUGCAGAGACUGCAUUGUGAGUUACCUCUUAGCCUGGAAGAGCUUGAAAAAGUUUUUGUUACGUUGGAUGCUGAUGGCAAUGUCACCCCGAAGGAAUUCACCACAGGAUUCAGCCAGUUUCUUAUGGAGCAGAUUGCUUUGAAUAAUGAGAUGAUGCAGCAGUCGGAAGGUGAAACAGUCUGCCCCAAAGAGACCGUGAGUGAUGAUGAGGAUGAAGAAUUCCAGUUCUCAAAUCUGAUGGAUCGACUUGGAGCUAAGAAGGUUUUUGAUGAUGAGAAUGAUGUGAAACAACUUUGGUUGCAGCUGAGAAAAGGUGAACCUUGUUUACUUUCCAGUUUUGAAGAGUUCCUGGUCAGAAUUUUUUCUCAGCUCCAAGAAGCUGAUAAUGAAAAGAAAAAGUUGGAAUGCGCUCUAAAAAAAAAAGUUGCUGCUUAUGAUGAAGAAAUUCAACAUCUCUAUGAGGAAAUGGAGCAGCAAAUCAAAAAGGAAAAAGAGUUAGAGCAGCAAUGUACAGAACUUCUCAGUAGCAAAGAAGAAACCAAAGCAGUGAAUACCAAGCUGAAGCUGACUAAGCAGGAGCUGCAGAGAGACCUGAAGAGAAAGUCUCAUGAACUAAGCCAGGCUCAAAAACAGCUACAGGUGCUUCAGGAGAAGGCAUCAAGACUAAAUGAGGAGAAGGAAAUGGAGGUACACCCAGUGGCAGAAACUUUACAGAGGCAAAAGUCACGCCUUCCAAAGCAGCUGGAUUUUUUAAGGUGUAGGUGUCCAGGUGUUGGCAGCGGAGUGCUGCAGGGACAGCCUCUGUGUGAAGGAGGAGUGGCAGAGGCUGCCCCAGGCCAGACACACAGCCAGUUCCAGCUGGCUCCAAUGGACCCAGUGCAGGGCACAGCUGAGCCCUGCAGCAGCAGUGGUGGUGCAUCUGGGAAAGAUUACAAUUUAAUUUUCUACAAAUGUAGUGCAUAUUCUGGGUGCAAUACCAAGAAGUCUGUGCUUCACUUAGCUAGGAUUUUAAAGAAACAUGAAGAUAAAGUGAAAGAGAAAACCAUUGAACUUCAAGCUGAUAUGAAUAAAAAGUCUUGCUGUAUCAGGCCAUAA